AUGGGAACAUUAUUUCACCUAUAUUCUGACAUUGACAUCGCUCUGGAAAUAUCUUCUGGCACGGGACAGCAUGUGAGUCACUCUGCCAAAGCAUUUCCAAACUUGCAACCGUCUGAAAUUGAAGCACAUUCGAUAUCGAGUAUUGAGUCAUAUAGACAGUAUCAUAAGCUGCAUAAUGUAAAGCCGCCCAUCUAUCUCGAUGUGUCUCAGAGUUGGGAGAACUGGGGUGGAAUUCAAACCAAGUCAUGUGACCUUAUCGUGAACAUCAACAUGAUGCACAUCUCACCUCUGGCCUGCACAACAGGUUUGUUAAAUGGUGUUGGAAAAAUACUGAAGCCACAAGGAUUGCUUCUGACUUAUGGGCCCUAUGCUUUCAAUGGAUCCAUUACUCCUCAGAGCAAUGCUGACUUUGACCACAGCUUGAGAUACAGAAAUCCAGAGUGGGGUCUAAGAGAUGUGUCAAUCCUGAAAACGCUAGGCCAAGGGAAUGGACUGCGAUUGGAAGUUGAUAUGCCCGCCAACAACAAGUGCUUACUGUUUCACAAGGACAGCGUGGUUUAA